AUUUAAAAAUUCCUUGUAUAUUAAAUAAUUUUAAACUUUAAACCUUUUUUAUAUAGCUUUGCUUUCGAUAAAGCACAAAACCAUUGUCUCCUUCCCAAUACCAUUUCGCCACUCACCUGCUCCGCCAGUAUCAGCACUGCUGCAAAAUGUCAUCGAUGGAGUCCCUUAUCCUCCAACUCCACGAAAUCUCCGCCGUCAAAUUUGGCAACUUCAAGCUAAAAUCCGGCAUCUUUUCCCCUAUCUACAUAGACCUCCGCCUGAUCGUCUCAUACCCUUCCCUACUCCGCCAGAUCUCCCACUCCCUCCUCUCCACCCUCCCUCCCCAAACACCCUUUAACCUCAUCUGUGGCGUCCCUUACACGGCCCUCCCUAUGGCCACCUCUAUUUCUCUCGACACCUCCAUCCCCAUGCUCAUGCGCCGCAAAGAAGUGAAAGAGUACGGCACUGCCAAGUCCAUCGAAGGCGUUUACGAAAAGGGUCAAUUUUGUUUGGUAGUGGAAGACCUUGUAACAUCGGGAGCAUCGGUUCUUGAAACCGCAACGCCGCUACGGGCGUUGGGUAUAAAGGUAACUGACGCUGUCGUGGUUAUAGAUAGAGAACAAGGCGGGAGGGAGACGUUGGAAGAGAAUGGGAUUAAGCUUCACGCCCUGUUUACUUUAACGGAGAUGGUGAAGGUCUUGCGAGCCAAAGGGAAGCUGGAGGAAGAGAUGGAAGGUUUGGUUAUAAGGUUUUUGGAGGAGAACAAGAAAGUGCCUGUGCCUAAGGUUGAGAAACUGAGGAUUAAGAGUUUGGGGUUUGAAGAAAGGGCUAAGUUAGCUAAGAAUCCAACUGGGAAAAAGCUGUUUGAGGUUAUGGUUAAGAAAGAGAGUAAUCUCUGUUUAGCUGCUGAUGUUGGGACUGCUGCUGAGUUGCUUGAUAUUGCUGAGAAGGUUGGACCAGAAAUCUGUCUAUUGAAGACCCAUGUUGACAUAUUUCCUGAUUUCACUCCAGAUUUUGGUUCUAAACUUCGUGCGAUUGCAGAAAGACAUAACUUUUUGAUCUUUGAGGACCGUAAGUUUGCAGACAUUGGUAACACAGUGACAAUGCAGUAUGAAGGAGGUAUCUUCCAAAUAUUGGAUUGGGCUGAUAUUGUUAAUGCACACAUAAUCUCUGGUCCUGGAAUUGUGGAUGGUCUGAAAUUGAAGGGUUUGCCUCGUGGUAGGGGUCUGUUGCUACUUGCUGAAAUGAGCUCUGCUGGUAACCUUGCUAAGGGAGACUACACAGCCGCUGCAGUAAAAAUUGCUGAAGAGCAUUCUGAUUUUGUCAUUGGUUUCAUAUCAGUCAAUCCAGCAUCAUGGCCUGGGGCACCAGUAAAUCCAGCAUUCAUUCAGGCAACUCCUGGAGUUCAAAUGGUAAAGGGUGGUGAUGCCCUUGGCCAGCAGUAUAACACUCCAUAUUCUGUCAUCUUCGAUAGGGGUAGUGACAUAAUAAUUGUGGGUCGUGGAAUCAUUAAGGCAGCCAACCCUGCAGAGGCAGCUCGUGAAUACCGCCUUCAAGGAUGGGAGGCAUAUAUGGCUAAAUGCACUUAGAGGAUCAUGUAUGUUUCAUCUGCUGCCUUAAAGUAAAGAACUACUCUAAUAACAUAAAGUAAAGAACUUUUCUAAUAAUAUACGAGCCAAAUUUUGUUUAAUCAAUGAUUUUGCAUGUUUGGCACGUUAUAUUUGUAAUACAUGUUGAGCCAGAGCUUUUAGGCUCGGCAUACUUUGUAAUCCUUGUGUGCUGAGUUUAUGCAUUUUCGUUUUGUUUGCCUCCUGUAA